UAAAGGUUUGAACUACCAGAAUUUUCAUACAAAACAAAUAACAAAUUGACAGUUACAAAACUAAAUACGUGUAUUAAGAAUAAUGGAGACUUUAAAAGCAUUGUCUGUAUAUUUAAGGCAUAAUCCCCGACUCGAUAUAAAAACUUCAGCGCUGGAGAAAGUGCUCCAUAUAACGACUACUGAUGAUGGCCGGGAACUCCUGUUGAAGCUACCAGAUACGUUGAUACAACUUGUUACUUUUGUACAAGAUUCUUGCUCUGUCGUCAGUAAAUGUGCUGCACAGAUAUUAGUAAAUGUUACUGCAGAUGAAGCAGGAGCUAAUGCAAUGUUGAUUAUUUCGGAGUCAAGUAAUUCGACAGAGAUCAAGUUUAGUAAGUCUGAUUUGACUAUCCAGGAACCUAGUCAAAAUUUAAUAAAAGUUUGUCUAAGGGCCAUAAUGGAUAAAUCUAAUAUUGUAGCAGAUCUAUGUUGUAUGAUACUUUCUAAUAUGACUAGACCGUUUCAUCUAAUAGACAGAAUGAUAACACUUAUCGAACAAAGUGGUUAUUCUUGGGAUGAAAUAUUAUCUGUAUUUACUGCAAAACAAUACAAUACUGAAGGCAAUAACUUACAUUAUCUUGGACCUGUCUUUUGUAAUCUAAGUCGAUCGCCACAUAUAAGAAGGUAUUUGAUGGAUCAACAGCGAUGCGUUAUUCAACGGAUUUUCCCAUUCACAGAAUAUUCUGACAGUCUUAUUAGACGAGGUGGUAUUGUUGGUACUUUAAAAAAUUGCACUUUUGACACAGAAAAUCACAUGUGGUUGCUAAGCCCUAAAGUGGAUUUAUUAUCAUAUCUGUUGUUACCACUUGCUGGUCCAGAAGAAUUUGAUGACGAAGAUAUGUCUAAAUUGCCAAUUAAUUUGCAAUAUCUUCCUGAAACAAAAACUCGAGAGUCUGAUCCAGAUAUAAGAUUUAUGCUUUUAGAAGCAUUAAAUCAACUCUGUGCAACAAAAGUGGCUAGAGAAAUAUUGAGAAAAACAAAUACAUAUCUCAUACUUAGGGAGCUUCAUAAAUGGGAAAAGGAUAAGAAAUGCUUAUUGGCAUGUGAAAAUAUCGUAGAUAUUUUGAUAAAAACUGAAGAAGAAAUCGGUUUGGAUAACUUGAAGGAAGUAGAAGUUCCGUCUGAGUACACAGAGAUGUUCCAUAAAAUGGAUAAAGAGUUUAUUAGCAAUACAUAGUGCAAAAAUUUAUAUUAUAAAUACAUAUAAUAUUUUAUAGGUAUUGCACAUACAGUGUAUACAUAAUACUUAUCUAAUGAAGAAACGAACACAAAAAUGGUAAUUUUUAUAAUACAUUCGAUUCUUCGUAUUUCUCAUAUUGCA